CCCCUCUAGAUGCCCCAAUCACCUCUCUAGCCCCACUAAAGUGUUCCAGGCCCUUCUUUCCCCGAGACUCUUGAGAGUGUGGACAACUACCCAUGAGUUUCCCGCCCCCAUACAGCCAACUCCAGACACCUCUCAGGCACAAACCAACCCUUCUAGAAUCAUCUUAGUCUCUCUAAAUCCUCCCUCAGAUCUUUCUUUGCCCCUCCCCACGCCCCUUUUCUACUCCUCUCCACGUCCCCUAGCCCCUUCUCAGUUCUUCAAGACAUUGCCCAGGCCCCUCCUAGACCCUGUAAAUGCUCCCCACAUUCCUGCCCAUCUCUCUAGUUCCUCUUCCUGGUUCCUCUUGGCCUCUCUAGACACCCCAAGUUUCCUUGUCUGGGUGGCUCAGGGCCUCUCCAAGCCCCUACCAUUCUGGAGACAGCCACUUUCUCCUAACUGCCACACCCCCCCAAGUCUCCGUGGGCCUGGGGAGCGGCAGGAUGGCGGCAGGCGUGGCCACGUGGCUGCCUUUUGCCCGGGCGGCAGCGGUGGGCUGGCUGCCCCUGGCCCAGCAGCCCCUUCCCCCGGCGCCGGGGGUGAAGGCAUCUCGAGGGGAUGAGGUUCUGGUGGUGAACGUGAGCGGAAGGCGCUUUGAGACCUGGAAGAACACGCUGGACCGCUACCCAGACACCCUACUGGGCAGCUCCGAGAAGGAGUUCUUCUACGACGCAGACUCAGGCGAGUACUUCUUCGAUCGCGACCCGGACAUGUUCCGGCACGUGCUGAACUUCUACCGCACGGGCCGGCUGCACUGCCCGCGGCAGGAGUGCAUUCAGGCCUUCGACGAAGAGCUGGCCUUCUAUGGCCUGGUCCCCGAGCUCGUCGGUGACUGCUGCCUCGAAGAGUACCGGGACCGCAAGAAGGAGAACGCCGAGCGCCUAGCGGAGGACGAAGAGGCCGAGCAGACUGGGGACGGCCCAGCCCUGCCCGUGGGCAGCACCCUGCGCCAGCGGCUCUGGCGGGCCUUCGAGAAUCCACACACAAGCACCGCGGCCCUCGUUUUCUACUAUGUGACCGGCUUUUUCAUCGCCGUGUCGGUCAUCGCCAACGUAGUGGAGACCAUCCCGUGCCGCGGCUCUGCGCGACGACCCUCGAGGGAACAGCCCUGUGGCGACCGCUUCCCAAUGGCCUUUUUCUGCAUGGACACGGCCUGUGUACUCAUAUUCACGGGUGAAUACCUCUUGCGGCUAUUUGCUGCCCCCAGCCGUUGCCGCUUCCUGCGGAGUGUCAUGAGCCUCAUUGACGUGGUGGCCAUUCUGCCCUACUACAUUGGGCUUUUGGUGCCCAAGAACGAGGAUGUCUCAGGCGCCUUUGUCACCCUGCGUGUGUUCCGGGUGUUUCGCAUCUUCAAGUUCUCCAGGCACUCACAGGGCUUGAGGAUUCUGGGCUACACACUCAAGAGCUGUGCCUCUGAGCUGGGCUUUCUCCUCUUUUCCCUCACCAUGGCCAUCAUCAUCUUCGCCACCGUCAUGUUCUAUGCUGAGAAGGGCACCAGUAAGACUAACUUUACAAGCAUCCCUGCAGCGUUCUGGUAUACCAUUGUCACCAUGACCACACUUGGUUAUGGAGACAUGGUUCCUAGCACCAUUGCUGGCAAGAUUUUCGGGUCCAUCUGCUCGCUCAGUGGCGUCUUGGUCAUUGCCCUGCCUGUGCCAGUCAUUGUGUCCAACUUCAGCCGCAUCUACCACCAGAACCAGCGGGCUGACAAGCGCCGAGCACAGCAGAAGGUGCGCUUGGCAAGGAUCCGGUUAGCAAAGAGUGGUACCACCAACGCCUUCCUGCAGUACAAGCAGAAUGGGGGCCUCGAGGACAGUGGCAGUGGAGAGGAACAGGCGCUGUGUGUCAGGAACCGUUCUGCUUUCGAGCAGCAGCAUCACCACUUGCUGCAUUGUCUAGAAAAGACAACGUGCCAUGAGUUCACAGAUGAGCUAACCUUCAGCGAAGCCCUGGGAGCCGUCUCGCUGGGUGGUCGCACCAGCCGUAGCACUUCUGUGUCCUCCCAGCCAGUGGGGCCUGGCAGCCUGCUAUCUUCUUGCUGCCCCCGCAGGGCCAAGCGCCGUGCCAUCCGCCUUGCUAACUCCACUGCCUCAGUCAGCCGUGGCAGUAUGCAGGAGUUGGACACGCUGGCAGGGCUUCAGAGGAGCCCUGCUCCUCAGAGCCGCUCAAGCCUCAAUGCCAAGCCCCAUGACAGCCUUGACCUGAACUGCGACAGCCGGGACUUCGUGGCUGCCAUUAUCAGCAUCCCUACCCCUCCUGCCAACAGCCCAGAUGAGAGCCAACCUUCCUCCCCUGGCGGCGGCGGUGGUGGCAGAGCCAGCAGCACCCUCAGGAAUUCCAGCCUGGGUACCCCCUGCCUCCUCCCUGAGACUGUCAAGAUCUCUUCCCUGUGAGGGAUGGGCCAGACCAUUCAGAGGGCUCUCUUCAUUUUGGGGACUCCUUUCCAAAGCCAUAUAUCAGGGAGGCAGAGAGGGGCAGACCUGGGGACCCUUUUUGCCUACCACUGAGAACUAUGCAAUGAAGUUUCAUGGAAUGGCCCACAUGCUGGGGAAGUAACCAGGAAAUGGGAAACUUCCCCCCAGCCCAGACAGUUUUCCUGGGCUUCCACAGGCCCCUGGCCUCCUUGCCCCAGCACACUGGGACUGGCCCCACUCCCCAGCUGGCCUCCUGCAUGCCCCUCCCCUUGGGCCCUCAGAGGUAGGUAAAGCUCCCAUCUGACAUCUGAACUCUGGCCAGAGAAGGAGAGUUGAGAUUUCCUCUUCUUUCUGGCUGGGCUGUGGAGGUUUGGAGGUUCAGAGAGGAGAACUCUUACCUCUGAUCUGGCCUCUAGGAGAGGUCUCCACCUGGCCCAACAUAUUCCGAAGCUUGGAAUGCAAUCAGGCUUCAUGGGCUGUGGCCUCAGCAGUGACCUACUACCCCUAAGCCUUGGCUGAGGGGUCAGGCUGCCUCUCCCAACACACAGAUAGCACAAACUCCACCACCCCCUUCCCUGGAUGCUGGAAAUGGGUCCCCACAACUCUGUCCUUUGCUGGGCCCCCAGCAAACUCUAGCAAUAGCAGCUGCUGCCAUGACAUUAUGCAAAGCCUCUGACCAGUUUGCUGCAGCAUUUACAUCUGCCCUAAUCAGAGGGGCCACCUCUAACUACUCUCCUUUCUGGUUUGCUUCCUUCCUGGGUUGGGCUUGAGUCUGUACUGGCUGAGAUAAGAACCUGGCAGCCAGCAAGAACUAGGCUGUGUUUGGAGAUCAUGGGCUGAUUCCAUGUUCUUGGGCAGGAGUCCAGAAGUUUUAGAGGCUGAGGCUGGGUUAUUCUCAAACUCUUGGAGUUGUAGAAGGCAGGAGGAACUUCUUGAUCUCUGCCUUCUCUCCCACAACUUCUCUUCACAUAUUCCUCUCUUCUCCCUCUUGGGUCACCUUCCGGAACUGUGCUCUCAGGCUGAAAUCUGGCAUCAUCUCAGGUUCCCUGUCCCCAGCGCUGUCCCUGUGGAGCUGGCGGCUGACAAAGAUGUAGUUUCUUCCAUCAGUCAAUAAAACCUGAGAGGAGAGAUCA